GUUUCCCUUGUUUUUUGUUGAAUUCAGCUUCCUUCAGCAAUGACCAGACCCUUCUGAUCUCUCUUUCUCUCUCUAAACUGAGCAACACACUCACAUAUUAGAGAGAGAAAGAAGCGGUGCAUGGAAACACAAAAUUCAACCAAACCAAUUUCAUCAUCAUCAUCAUCAUCAUCACGCAAUGACUCUCCCUUCACACGAUGCUUGGAUUCACACUUCCCAUACCCUUCUCCCCACAUGGAAAUCCCUUUCUCUCUCUCAUCAGUCAGCAAUCCCAAUUUCAAUAUCAAGAGUUAACCAAGUCGAUGCUGCACGAUUGGACGUUGAAAUGUCAGCCAUGUUGAAAGAGCAGUUGGUUAAAGUGUUCUCGUUAAUGAAGCCAGGAAUGUUAUUUCAGUAUGAAGCGGAGCUUGAUGCUUUCCUUGAGUUUCUUAUUUGGCGGUUCUCAAUUUGGGUGGAUAAGCCAACCCCAGGCAUUGCUCUCAUGAACCUGAGGUACAGAGAUGAGCGUGCAGUAGAACCAAGAGAUAAAGUUAGAACUGGUUUGGAGGGACCUGGACUCACUGUUGGGCAGAAAAUUUGGUAUUGUGUUGCCACUGUUGGAGGUCAGUAUAUAUGGGCUCGAUUGCAGUCCUUCUCUGCUUUUCGUAGAUGGGGUGAUACUGAGCAGAGACCAUUGGCACGACGCCUAUGGAUCUUGAUACAACGAAUAGAAGGAGUUUAUAGAGCUGCUUCAUUUGGAAACCUGUUGAUAUUUCUUUGCACUGGAAGAUAUCGAAAUCUUAUUGAAAGAGCCUUACGAGCUAGGCUUGUAUAUGGGAGCCCAAAUAUGAAUCGUGCUGUUAGCUUUGAAUAUAUGAACAGGCAAUUAGUUUGGAAUGAAUUCUCGGAAAUGUUACUGUUGCUUCUUCCUCUUCUUAAUUCAUCAUCCGUGAAAAAUCUUCUUCGACCUUUCUCAAAAGAUAAAUCAUCAAGUUCAUCCGAGGAUGGCACAGCAUGUCCCAUUUGCCUGGCCACUCCAACCAUCCCUUAUGUUGCUCUACCUUGUCAGCACAGAUAUUGUUACUACUGUCUUAGGACACGAUGUGCUGCUGCUCCAUCAUUUAGGUGUUCCAGGUGCAGUGAGCCAGUUGUUGCUAUGCAACGGCAUAGUGGUGUCUCCACGGAAUGAUUGGUUGUUACUAAGUAACAAGGAAACAAUGUUAGAGUUAGGGAGCAUUUGAUCAACUUACAGAAUUAGUAUAUAAAAAUACUACCUGAAAUUGUGGUGGUAUUCUUUUCUUCUUACUUUCUAUUUCGUUGGUUUCUCCCUUGUAUUAGCAUUCUCAUUUAAUUGGGAAAACAGAUCAAAUUUCUUCAUAGCAUCACUGUACUCGGUUGAGUGGGAAGCAUUCUUUCCCUUGUAGCAGCAAUGUAUCAUUCAGUUACGUCUCA